AUGCUUGGUGAUGGGCGCGAGGACGGUUCUCGGUCCUACAUACCUCCUUCGGUAGAGGUUGACGACCAAUUUGACGAUCCCGACGGUGCCGAUAACCUACUGCCCCGCGAUGUUGACACUGGCAACACAAUUCUCCCCGUCUGGUUACGGGAGUCUUCCAAGUCAUUCCGCUACAGAUGGGUUCCUCUACCAAUUCGAAAAGCUGCUCGCGCGACAGCCAACUUCGUCAAAGGCCCGGACCCGCCGAACCCUCUCUUAUUGACGCCAUUGAUCCCCCAAAUACAAGAACUGCCGGUCCGGUACCUGAACAAAUUCUUCCCGAAGCGCAAAUACAAGAUCUCGCUCCUCUUACUCCUCUACCUUGCGUGGUUCCUGCCGUGGACGAUACUUUUCCUACACUCCCGGUCUGCAGGGUAUAUUGCUGGCUAUGGUCGACCGCGGACGUUAUCGUGCUCAACGAGUUUCUGGGCCCAUGGAAAUAGAUGCGGACUUAAUGGGAACGACUGCCGUCCAUUCACAGCCGCCUCGAUGGCCUUCCGAUGCCCUGCGAACUGUCGAGACACGAAGAUGCUUGAGCCAUACACAGUUGGAAAUGAAACAAUCAGCUACAGAGGGCUUGUGAUCGGUGGUCCGGAGCCAGGGUCAGAUGACCCGGGCAUUUACCGGGCCGACAGCUUCAUCUGUCAAUCCGCUCUUCACGCUGGGGUCAUUGAUAACGACGGUGGCUGUGGCGUCGUUCGCCUCGAAGGAGCAGUGCACUCCUUCCACGCUUCAAAGAAGAAUGGUAUCAGCUCUCUUGGGUUCCCAUCGACGUUUCCUAAAUCUUUCAGCUUCGUCGAGCCUUCAUCGGAUGCGACUUGCCCGCAAGAUCCCCGAUGGCCGCUGCUGAGCAUCACCAUUGCUGCGUUGGUUGUGCUAUGGCUUUUCUGCACCUCGCCUGCGGUGCUCUUCUUCAGCACAUUUUUCAUGGUUUUUACCCAGAUUGGAUUGGUAUCAGAUCCUCCUCCUAAGGCUCAGGUAGCCGAUCUGCUCUCUGUCUUCCUUUCGCGGCUACUUCCAGCCUCAUUCGUUGCCUAUGUCCUGUACAGGUACUGCGCGCGACCCCUCCUGAGCCCGUUAUCUCCGCCCAUAUACCAGCUUAGCAAGACUUUCCUCUUCUUGCCGCCUUUGUUCUUUGCCGCACUGAACAACUACACUUUCGCACGGUUGAUUCCUCUUGAACGCCUUACACCUCAUGAUAUCCAACAACAACCCGGCGCAAAGCUGGCACUAGCUCUGGUGAUCCCGACCAUAAUCUGCAUUGUUGUGACUCAGGCCAACCAAAUCCGCUUGGGUGGAUUGAUGCCUCACUAUCUCAAGGUCUACGGAGCCAUGGCGCUGAUUCUCCUGAUUCUGCUCGUCCUUCCCGGACUCCGCCUUCGCAUCCAUCACUACAUCCUUGCGAUUCUCCUAAUGUAUGGCACUGCGUUCCCGACUCGCCCGUCUCUCCUCUACCAGGGCUUGCUUCUCGGCCUCUUCAUCAACGGCAUCGCCAGAUGGGGUUUCGCCUCAAUAAUCGAAACGCCUACCGCACUGGGUGAACAACCAGGCGGAUCAAACGGAUGGUGGGGAAGCACAUCGCCUCACAUCAAUGACUCCUCCGUCUCCAUCUCUCUCCCAGACAAACACUCCGAUGAGCCCUACCACGGCAAUGGCAACAUCACAUUUACCCUCUGGGAGCGCGAGCGCAUGGAGAAGCUCGGCGUAGACGGCGUAUCAGUCCUAGUCAACGACGUGGAGCGCUGGCGCGGCUACCUGGACGAGGAUCCCCGCGGUGAAUUUACCUGGCACCGCCACGGCCACUCGGGCCUAGAGCUCCAACACGCAUCCUUCAUCAAUGACAACUUUGCCUCGCCCGUUCCCCUAGACCUCGAGGAAGUCUUCAAGAAAGACGUCAAUGGAGAACGGGAGCAAGACCUCUCCGCGUUAUGGCUUGACCGCGACGACGACGACAAGCCCGAAACGCUCUUCUUCCGCUUUGCGUUCCUGCGCGGCGCCGAAGCAGGCACGUACGGCGGCCCGGGCAUCUGGUUCGACAACGGCGACUGGGUUUCGCCGCCGGAGCCGAAAAACUAG